UAGAUGGUUUGUUGUAAUAUGUUUUGUUUUUUUUACCUGUGGUAAUCUUGUUACACAAUGCUGUGUUUUCCCAGAUAAUUUCACAGAGAAUUGUUGCCAAAGUAAACUAAUAAGAAAGCUGGACUUUGCCACAUGUCUUCUUUUCUCCUUUACCCUUCAGAAACUUGCUCUGUUUUCCAUUUACCACUGAGCAUCAGCAAUGAUCAUGUUCCAGCCUCACAUAUAUGCUACGGUUUUUAUACUCUCAAUCCUUCAGGCCUUUGCCUUGGACAGCUACAUUGCAGCAGUGUAUGAGCACUCUGUUAUAUUGCCAGAUGUCACUGGGAGUCCUGUUUCGUCUGACGAGGCUUUGACGCUAAUGAACAAAAAUAUGGAUGUUUUGGAAGGGGCCAUCAAAGCAGCGGCCCAACAGGGUGCACACAUCAUUGUGACUCCUGAAGAUGCCAUUUAUGGCUGGGUCUUCAAAAGAGACACCAUUUUCCCCUAUCUUGAAGACAUCCCAGAUCCACAAGUAAACUGGAUUCCCUGCACUGACCCUGAAAGAUUUGCUCCUGCGGCAGUGCAGGAAAGGCUCAGCUGCAUGGCAAGAAAUAACUCUAUCUAUGUGGUUGCCAAUAUUGGAGACAAGAAGCCAUGUAAUUCCAGUGAUCCCAAGUGCCCCAGCGAUGGUCACUAUCAAUACAAUACUAAUGUUGUCUUUGACUCAGAAGGGAAAUUGGUGGCACGCUACCAUAAGUAUAAUCUCUUUAUGUCAGAAACUCAGUUUGAUUCCCCCAAGGAGCCAGAGAUUGUCACUUUCAACACAUCCUUUGGAAAGUUCGGCAUUUUCACUUGCUUCGACAUACUUUUUCAUGACCCUGCUGUGACUCUGGUGAGCAAGUCACAUGUGGAUACUGUGCUGUUUCCCACUGCUUGGAUGAAUGUCCUACCACAUUUGACUGCUAUUGAAUUCCACUCUGCCUGGGCUAUGGGGAUGCAUGUCAAUUUCCUUGCGGCUGAUACACACAACACCAGCAUGGCUAUGACAGGGAGUGGUAUCUAUGCACCUGAUGGACCCAGGGCAUUUCAUUACAAUAUGGAUACAGAGAAUGGUCACCUCCUGGUUGCGGAACUGAGUUCACACCCUCAUCUUUCUCCCACCUACCCUGCUGCUGUUAACUGGAGCGCAUAUGCCACAAGUGUCAAACGUUUCUCACCAGAUGACUGGGAUUUCUGUGGAGUCAUUUUCUAUGAUAAGUUCACCUUCACUGAACUAACUAAGCCUGAAGGAAAUCGUACAGUUUGCCAGAAAGACCUUUGCUGUCAUUUGAGCUACAGGAUGGCGGAGAAGCGAGAAGAUGAAGUUUAUGUGCUGGGUGCUUUUGAUGGCCUUCAUGUUGUUGAAGGAGAAUACUAUUUGCAGAUAUGCACACUACUGAAGUGUGAAAGCACAGACUUGAAAACAUGUGGGCUGCCAGUGGCUACUGCUCACACCAGGUUUGAAGCAUUCUCUCUCAGUGGCACAUUUGGCACUAGUUACGUCUUCCCAGAAGUCUUGCUUAGUGGGGUUCAGCUGGCGUCCGGCGAAUUUCAGGUAUUAAGUGAUGGACGUUUGAUCAGUCAGAGUGGUACAUCUAAACCAAUUUUAACAGUGACGCUUUUUGGGAGGUGGUAUGAGAAGGACCCACCACAACCACACAUCUGAUGAAGUGAGCUGUAGCUCACGAAAGCUUAUGCUCAAAUAAAUUGGUUAUUCUCUAAGGUGCCACAAGUACUCCUUUUCUCUUUACACCAGAUACUGUUAUUUCAGAAUAACAAUGUCCCAUAAUGCAUCAUCUACUUAAACAAUAACCACUGUGUUCCUUGUUUCCUUUUAUAAUCGUCCUUUGUUUAGUAAAUAUACAGCAGCCUAUUUCAUUACUGUUACAUAUUGAGAAAUACAUCAAUUGUGACCACUAUUUUAUGACUACUUAUUCUUUUAUCACUGUUGAAUAGCAGUUGCCUUUGUCUCACUGACUUCUGGAAUUUGUUUUUUCUAGCGUGCAAAAAACUGAGCGUUAUGAAAUAAAUUGGUUA